AUGUCUGCAAAUAUUAAAAACUGGUCGCCUGCAGAAGUAGCCAAAUGGCUAUUCCUGAUAAUAUACAAUAGCCAAAUAUGCCCCAAUUUUAUUGUGAAUGUGGCAACAAUUAUUUUUCAUUUGGAAAGUAAAUACUUUCCAUCUUUCCAUCAACGACAUCUUAUCUUGUUUCAUGAAAAUCAGCCUCUUUUUUACGUUAGAUGUGUUUCAAGUGCAUGCAAGCAAACUUUCAAAAGUGCUAAUAGUCUAAAAAAACAUGUUCAACGAAAGCACAGUAAUUUAUUAAGAAGCUGGUCUAAUGAUAAUGAAAGUGAUCAGGGGAGUAGAAAUAAUAGAAAUGAUAACAUCAUAGAUUCAUCUGAAACAACCGAAGAAUCAAAUGAUCAAAAUAAUGUAAAAUUAGAUCAAGAUUUUAAAUGUAAAAAUAUUACUGAUAUGCUUAACACUUUGGAAAAACAUUUUGCAUUUCUUCUUUUGCGACUCAAAGAAGUGCACAUACUUCCAGCUUCUGUUCAUGCAGAAAUUGCAAAAGAUAUGCAAAACCUACUUUUGAUUACACUAAGUAGUUUUAAGGAUGUUAUAUGUCAAUAUUUAUUCAAAAAUAAUAUUUUAACACUAAACAAUGAUUGGGCACAUAUAACAGACACAGAAAGAUUGCUGCAAUCCAUGGGUGAGAUGUCUUCAAAUGAAAAUAGACUAAUUGGAUUAUUGAAAAGCAAAAAAAUGAUUGCAAUGCCAAGACAAAUAGAUUUUAGAAUAAAUAAUACAACUGCUGUUUUUCAAUACAUUCCGAUUCUAGAAGUUUUAUCGAAAUUAGUUUCCCAUGAAGAUGUUUACAAUUGUUUGGGUGACAGUUACAAUCAUGCAUUGCAGAUUCAGUUAUAUGUAGAUGAAGUUGAGCUUUGCAAUCCAAUAGGAGCUAAGCGAGGGAAGCAUAAAGUGACUGCAUUUUAUUUUUUGUUAGGCAAUAUUCCAUCUGAGUUUUGUUCAAAGCAAAAGUUUAUUCAUUUGGCUUUAUUGAUUGAACAUAAAUUUAUAAAAAUGGCUGAAUAUGACUACACUGAAGUUCUUUGUCCAUUAAUUUAUGAUUUAAAUGUACUGCAGAGAAAAGGAAUUGAGGUUUCCGUUAAUGGAUUACGUCAACGUUUAAAAGGCAAACUUACAGGUAUAUCAGCUGAUAUGCUUUCAGCUCAUGCUAUAGGAGAAUUUUAG